AUGUGCACCCCGCAGACGGGCUUGUGUUUCAACCUGAUCAUCAUCAGGCUUGCGACAACCCCUUGGUGGCCACUCUGGCACUUCUUGCAUACCCUGGUCUCCAUCGAAUCGGAUCCCGAUGGCGCUUGUCGGCGCUCUCCACUGUGGAUUCUCGUGGCUGUCGGCGAGGAAUUGCAGUCAUUUCAUGAUGACAAAAAGACCAAAAAAACAAAGAUGGUGGUGGCUAACUGGAAUGGUAGCUCGGGCAAGUCUCGCACCGACGGGCCGAUCCCUCGUCAAGCAAAAGACGUCUGCCGAGGCAAGAUCUGGUACAUGAUGCUGGAGUACAAUCUCCCGCAGCCCUGUGAGCUUUAUCCUCAAGUUGCUUACUGGUCCUGCUACCACCACUUAUAA